GGGGUUUCCACCUCCAUGGGGCUGGGCCCGCCUGUAAGCACCUGAAGACACCAUGGCGGAGGGCGGUGAGCUGAUGAGCAGGCUGAUGAGCGAGAACGCGGACCUAAAGAAGCAGGUGCGGCUUCUGAAGGAGAACCAGAUGCUGCGGCGGCUGCUCAGUGAGAGCUGCCAGGAGAGCUGCAGCCGCGGCCGGGACCUGCUCCUGCCCAAGGCCCCCGCCUACCCCGAGGCCUGUUCCCCUGGGAGUGGAGCUCCAGAUUUUGGAAGGUUCACCAGCGUCCCCGACGUGCCCUCCCAGCUGCAGACAUCCUCCCUGGAGGACCUGCUAUGCUCGCACGCCCCCCUCUCCAGCGAGGAUGACAGCUCCCCAGGCUGUGCAGCCCCCUCCCCGGCACCCUUCAAGGCCUUCCUCAGCCCUGCGGAGCUGCGUGUCCCCCGAGGUGCCGAGGGGACGCUGUCUCCGCUCCUGAGCCCCUUGCAGAACUCACUGGUGGACAAGACCUUGCUGGAGCCCAGGGGACUAGUGCGGCCCAAGAAGGUAUGCUUCUCAGAGGCCAGCCUGCCCGCCGGGGACAGGCCCAGGAGGAGCUACUACCUCAAUGAGAUCCACAGCUUCGCAGGUGCCGAGAAAGAUGGGCGCAUUGUUGGGGAGAUCGCCUUCCAGCUGGACCGCCGCAUCCUGGCCUAUGUCUUCCCGGGUGUGACACGGCUCUAUGGCUUCACUGUGUCCAACAUCCCUGAGAAGAUCAAGCAGACCUCCAUCAAGUCCCUGGACGGCUCCGUGGACGAGAAGAAGCUGCGUGAACUGACCCAGCGCUACCUGACGCUGAGCGCGCGGCUAGAGAAGUUGGGGUACAGCCGUGAUGUGCAUCCGGUGUUCAGCGAGUUCCUCAUCAACACCUAUGGCAUCCUGAAGCAGCGCCCCGAUCUGCGCGCAAACCCGCUGCACAGCAGUCCGGCCGCGCUGCGCAAGCUGGUCAUCGACAUCGUGCCCCCCAAGUUCCUGGGCGACGCGCUGCUGCUGCUCAGCUGCCUGUGCGAGCUCUCCAAAGAGGACAGCAAGCCACUCUUCGCCUGGUGAUGGCCUCCC